AUGGAUUCAAACAAUAAGAAUAGUCCCAUGUUCCUGAUAUUUCCUCCAGAGGUCAUCAGUCCAGAACAAACAACUCUUACAGCCUUCGCCUAUAAUGCCCAAAACCGAGUGCAGAAAGUCCUUAUUAGAAAACUGAAGGUCUUAGGGACAACCCAGAUCCUGUGUGGAAUCAUGAACUUUUCAUUUGGAGUUGUUUUCCUUUUCACCUUGGUAAACCCAUAUCCAAGGUUUCCUUUUAUAUUUAUCUCAGGAUAUCCAUUUUGGGGCUCUGCUUUGUUCAUUAACUCUGGAGCAUUUCUGAUUGCACUGAAAAGAAAAACUACGGACUAUAUGAUAAAAAUGAGCCAGGUGAUGAAUUUACUCAGUGCCCUGGGAGCAACAGCUGGAAUCGUUCUCCUCAUAUUUGGUUUCCUUCUAGAUGGAGAAUUCAUCUGUGGCUAUUCUCCAGAUUCUAGUCAGUGUGGUGCUAUUACCACCCUGUUCAUUGGGAUUUUGGCUAUGCUGAUGAUCUUCAGCAUUACUGAGCUGUUCGUCUCCCUCUUUUACUCAACUUUGUGGUACACCAGAGAAUAA